UUAUGGUUUACGUUUUCCAGAGUAAUGGAGAUUUAAAAAGGAAGUGGACCUGGGCAGUGGAGUGGCUUGGUGACGAGCUGGAACGGAGACCAUACACUGGCAAUACCCAGUACACGUAUAACAACUGGUCCCCUCCUGUCCAGAGCAAUGAGACUUCUAAUGGAUACUUCCUGGAGCGCUCCCACAGUGCCCGUAUGACUUUAGCCAAGGCCUGUGAGUUGUGUCCAGAAGAGUGUCACUUAACGAAGCACGAGGUGGCAUCUGAAGAUGACGCUGGCCGGAACCCGUCCUCGACACAGCAACUUUUGCCAGGGGAAGUGCCAGGCCAACAACAGCACACCGAGCCUGAUGAGCAGGAGGCCCUUGAUGAGCAGGACACUUCUCCUCCAGAGGACACUGCUCUGUACCCUCACUCUCCAGGCACAAAGUUUCAACAGGUACUGAGCUUCAGUCACUCAAACCUCAUGCUACUCUUAGACCUCUCUUAAACCAUAUCCUGUAUU